GCGCGUCAGCGCUGAAACAUCGCGGGAUUUCCGUCUGCCAGUCUCCGCCCCUUUACGGCACGAUGGUCGUGCAAGAAUGUGAUAGAGCCUCGACGGCCGCCAUCUUCUUCCUUUCUUAGCAGUUAACCGAGAGCGGCGCCUCCCUCCGCGAGGAAACGGCAGCGUGUGCUGUAGCGUGGGUAUGGCCGACUACUCCACAGUGCCUCCGCCGUCGUCUGGCUCGGCUGGCGGCGGCGGCGGCGGAGUCGUUAACGACGCUUUCAAAGAUGCCCUGCAGAGAGCGCGGCAGAUUGCAGCAAAAAUUGGGGGUGAUGCUGGUACAUCAUUGAAUUCAAAUGACUAUGGUUAUGGGGGACAAAAAAGACCCUUAGAAGAUGGAGAUGGCUCUUGGACAAAUCCGAGCAGUACCACACACUGGGAGGGAAUGCCCUCUCCUUUUAAAGAUCAGCCAGAUGCUAAGAAAGUACCUCCCCAAAAUGACUCUUUUGGAGCACAGUUACCUCCAAUGCAUCAGCAGCAAAGCAGAUCUGUAAUGACAGAAGAAUACAAAGUUCCAGAUGGAAUGGUUGGAUUUAUAAUUGGCAGAGGAGGUGAACAGAUCUCACGCAUACAGCAGGAAUCUGGAUGCAAGAUACAGAUAGCUCCUGAUAGUGGUGGCCUACCAGAAAGGUCUUGUAUGCUAACUGGAACACCUGAAUCUGUCCAAUCAGCAAAAAGAUUAUUGGACCAGAUUGUUGAAAAGGGAAGACCAGCCCCUGGCUUUCAUCAUGGUGAUGGACCUGGAAAUGCAGUUCAGGAAAUCAUGAUUCCAGCCAGCAAAGCGGGACUAGUUAUUGGAAAGGGGGGAGAGACUAUUAAACAACUUCAGGAACGGGCUGGUGUUAAAAUGGUAAUGAUUCAAGAUGGGCCGCAAAACACUGGUGCUGAUAAACCUCUUAGGAUUACGGGUGACCCAUACAAGGUUCAGCAAGCCAAGGAAAUGGUAUUAGAGUUAAUUCGUGAUCAAGGUGGUUUCAGAGAAGUGCGGAAUGAGUAUGGCUCAAGAAUAGGAGGCAAUGAAGGGAUAGAUGUCCCAAUUCCAAGAUUUGCUGUUGGCAUUGUAAUAGGAAGAAAUGGAGAAAUGAUUAAAAAAAUACAAAAUGAUGCUGGUGUUCGAAUUCAGUUUAAGCCAGAUGAUGGAACAACACCUGAUAGGAUAGCACAGAUAACAGGACCUCCAGACAGAUGUCAGCAUGCUGCAGAAAUAAUCACAGACCUUCUACGAAGUGUUCAGGCUGGCAAUCCUGGUGGACCUGGACCUGGUGGUCGAGGACGAGGUAGAGGUCAAGGAAACUGGAAUAUGGGACCACCUGGUGGACUCCAGGAAUUUAAUUUCAUUGUGCCAACUGGGAAAACUGGACUGAUAAUUGGAAAAGGAGGUGAAACCAUAAAAAGCAUAAGCCAACAGUCUGGUGCAAGAAUAGAGCUGCAGAGAAAUCCUCCACCUAAUGCAGAUCCCAAUAUGAAGUUAUUUACAAUUCGGGGCACUCCACAGCAAAUAGACUAUGCUCGACAACUCAUAGAAGAGAAGAUUGGGGGCCCAGUAAAUCCUUUAGGGCCACCUGUACCCCAUGGGCCCCAUGGGGUUCCAGGUCCUCAUGGGCCUCCUGGACCUCCAGGGCCGGGAACUCCAAUGGGACCAUACAACCCUGCACCUUACAAUCCAGGACCUCCUGGCCCAGCUCCUCACGGUCCUCCAGCCCCAUAUGCUCCCCAGGGAUGGGGAAAUGCGUAUCCACAUUGGCAGCAACAGGCUCCUCCUGACCCAGCCAAGGCAGGAACAGAUCCAAACUCCGCAGCUUGGGCUGCGUAUUAUGCUCACUAUUACCAACAGCAGGCACAGCCCCCACCUGCAGCUCCUGCUGGUGCACCAGCUACAACCCAAACUAAUGGACAAGGAGAUCAGCAGGCUCCAGCUCCAGCUGGACAGGUUGAUUAUACAAAGGCUUGGGAAGAGUACUACAAGAAAAUGGGUCAAGCAGUUCCUGCUCCUGCUGGGGCCCCACCCGGUGGUCAGCCGGAUUAUAGUGCAGCCUGGGCUGAGUACUAUAGACAGCAAGCAGCAUAUUAUGCCCAAACGAGUCCCCAGGGGAUGCCGCAGCAUCCUCCAGCACCUCAGGGCCAAUAAUAAGAAGUGGACAAUACAGUAUUUGCUUCAUUGUGUGGGGGAAAAAACCUUUGUUAAAUAUAUGGAUGCAGACGACUUGAUGAAGAUCUUAAUUUUGGUUUUGGUUUAAAGUAGUGUUUUUUUUCCCCCCUCUUUUUUUUUUUUAUUUUGAAAAUGUACAAAAUAUCUAUCACUACUGAUAGGAGGUUAAUAUUUCUGUGUAGAAAUGAAAAUCGGUUUGUUUUUAGUCUUUAGUGUAGAUGUACACAUUCCAGCAAAUGUAUUUGCAACUAUUAUGUGGUCGAUGCUUUGUGAUAUAAAUGUACUUUUUCAAUGUAUACUUUCACUUUUAAAAUGCCUGUUUUGUGCUUUACAAUAAAUGAUAUGAAACCUCCUGUGUCGGUAAGUUGGAUAUGUGGGUAAAGGAUUCAUAGUUUCUUAGCAGUGAUAAAUUAAGAUACAUGUACACGAAUAUAUAAGCUUUCCCCAUGAAUUACUGAGUUUUUAAACACUGGCAUGUUUUUUUCCCCUGUUGGAGUAUAGUGGUAGAUUGGAAGUUCUUUUCUGUUGUAUUUGGCUAUUUCAGCACAAGUAAUCUUGAUAUUUUCAUGUUUUUCCUUCUAUUUGAUCAAAAACUGCAUGUGUAUACGAUGAUCUUUAGUAUACUUCCAUUGCAUUAACAGUGAAAUUUCCUUUUAUACAUGAGCACUAUUUCAGACCUGUACUGCUGCUACAACAGUUAACCUUCCUGUUCUUCACUUAUUUCCCAGACUGUUUCAGCAUAACUAAUUUUGAACAGUUUGCAGACAGUGAUUUGAGGAGUUUAUAAGAAACCUUGUUUUUUCAUGUAAAGCGACUCUUUCCAUGUAUAUAUAUAUUAUAAUAGUGUGUUUCUUUCUAAAUUCAGGAUAGAAAAG